AUGACAAAACUUCGACAUUACAUACCCGCCAAUUCCUACAGUCGCAGUUCUUUCUUUGAUAUUCGAAAUGGAAAACCCAUCGAUCCUCUUCGAUUCCAUUACACCCGCAGGUCGAUUUCCCCGUAUGCGAUUAUCAAUUUGAAUAUCUUAAAUUUUUUCAGCCAAUAUUUCAGUAGAAAAAUGGAUAAGAUGAUUCUUGAUCUGAACGUGCUUGAAAGCGACGACCACGAUUCCUCUGAUCCUAGCUGUAAAGGUUUUUGUCUCGCUUACAAUGCGCCGAAUUUUCUUAAACUGAGUAGUUACACACUUUCGGGAAAAAGUAGUCGUGGUGCUUCCAGACUGCGCGGUAGAAGUGGUAAUAAUCGCGACAAUGCUAUCUUCUUCGAUAUUUUCUCAACAUUUUUAAGUCCGCAUUCAAUAAACGAUGCAAGGCGAUCUGGAAUGAUCGAUGAUAUUAGAAAUUUUGGAACCAAAGAGAAAUUAGUUAACUUGUUACAACAAAAUAGAGAAUUGAUCACUCUGUUUCAGGAGCGCUUGGGAAAGGAAAAAGAGACCCCAAGUAUUCAGGAGAAUAGUGAGUUGUCCGCUUUAUUUCAAGAACUCGAUGGAGACACCAAUUUUUUUAGGACCUCCGAGGUUCACCUGAGAAUUUCGACAUCAUAUUUUGCAGAGCACAAACGAGCAUUGGGAUAUGACGGUACUUGUAAUAUGGCAAGUUAUGUUGAAGAAUACGAAAUCAAUAAACAUAUUCACGCGAUUCUCUGCUCAUUUUGUUUGAAAAUGCUUACCGGAUCGAUCGCAUCUCUCGAACCACCAAAUUUUUGUAACUCUGGAAACUUCAUACCAUUUCACCACCAAGGAUGCGACCUUUUGGAUCAUGCGAAAAGAAGAAUUGAUGAUGUUGACGUAGAUAUGGUUAAUGAACAGGUGAAGAGAAAGCGAAUUGAUCAUUGCAAGUACUGCGAUGUUGGAAAUAUCUAUUAUGAAAAGAUUGCAUAUUAA